CGCCGCCGCCGCCGCCGCUGCCGCCGGAGGAGUCCGGGCCUCGCUUUGCCAUGGUGUCCUGGAUCAUCUCCCGGCUGGUGGUUUUGGUUUUUGGCACCCUGUACCCUGCCUAUUCUUCUUACAAAGCUGUGAAGACGAAAAAUGUGAAAGAAUAUGUUAAAUGGAUGAUGUAUUGGAUUGUGUUUGCCUUCUUCACCACAGCCGAAACACUCACAGACAUCAUUCUAUCUUGGUUUCCCUUUUAUUUCGAGUUGAAAAUCGCAUUUGUGAUCUGGCUGCUCUCUCCUUAUACCAAGGGAUCCAGCGUCCUGUACAGGAAGUUUGUUCACCCAACGCUCUCCAAUAAGGAGAAGGAAAUAGAUGAAUAUAUUAGCCAGGCCCGUGACAAGAGUUAUGAAACUAUGAUGCGUGUUGGCAAGCGAGGAUUAAAUCUGGCAGCAAAUGCAGCAGUUACUGCAGCUGCAAAGGGCCAGGGGGUUUUGUCUGAAAAACUUCGGAGUUUCAGCAUGCAAGACUUGACUUUGAUUCGAGAUGAUGACACAAUGCAUUUGCAAAGCCCUGAGUCACACAUGCAUACGUCUUCUAAGGGACAUCUUGAAACUAUUGAUGAUUCAGGUGCAUCUUUUUACUCUUCAUCUGAGGACAUGGCUAUGACUCAGAGACAUAAUGGAACACAGUCUGAUUCUAGAACUGAACCAUCUGAUGAUGAUACAGGAGACAAAGUUCCCAAACGAACCCAGAGCCUUAAAGCUCCUAAGAAAACAAUAAAGACUGAGCCUGCACAGAAGGCAGUGAAAGCCCGCCCCAAGAAGAAAGCUACAGGCUCCACUGCUGUUGGUGAAUCAGCCUAAGGACAAUCCAGCUGAAAAUCUGUCCCAGAGCGCUCUUCUGCCACUGUGAGGGACACUCUCCAAGGAAUGGGAGCUGAGAUCAUGUACAUAACAGCUACUGCUUUGUAGAGCUCAUUCCCAGGCGAGAUGGUGAUUGAAAUUUGGCACACAGAUCAGAGGAUGGCCAUCCUCAGGAAUUAUAUACUCUUCAUCUCUGUGAUGGAAAAUGCUAAUCUGUCUGUAUAUAGCCUGUUGUUUUGGGAUUCCCUCUCCACGUGUAACCCUAGUAGAGAAACUCUUUGCUGAAAUACCUCUUUAAUUAGGGUUAGAACCACUUUUGGCAGAGAGGCUGGUAAAAAAAAAUGGUGCAAUUGAAAUUCUAAUUUGCAUGGAGAGCUCCUGGUAGCUCUUCACUUGCUGUCAUGUUUUAGCUGCUAUGGGGAAUUAUUGGGAAGUGCCUGAAGCAAGAACUGGUACUGAAAACUAGCAUUUCAAAAUUGUUUUGGAAAAAGAAAGGAAAAGUGAUUGUUUGCUGUAAACGCAACAUCUUCACUGUCUGUGAAGUGAGCUUUAGCAAAGAAUUUCUUGGCAGGGGUGGGGGUGGGUGGGCAGGCUGCAGUGACUUGAGGAAAAGAUUAAUAGUGAUGAGAAUGAAAGUGGCUGGCUUUGCUACCAGUAUCUGGUCUUUCUAUGCAGAAGCCUCUUUUGCUUGAGUGGAAUUAUUGUGACUUUGCUUAUGUUAAGUAUUGGAAAGGGGAAAUGUUUUUUGAAAGUAGAGGAAAGAUGACAAAACUAAGUGAAUCGUGGUUGGAGCAGGAAAUAUGGAAAUGCCUGAACCUAGAUCACUCUCUCCAAAGAGUUAGAAUCCAGAAUAAUUACAAUCUAAGUAUCAAACCUUUGGACCCCUUCUUCAGAGUUGCCUUUAUAUUUUAGGUUUUAUAGGUUGGUCUGCUUUCUGUAAGAAUUAUUUCAAAGAAGUGGUUGUGUGAAAGCAUUUGGUGGAUAGUAAACUGAAUGGUACAUAAAUUCCUGCUGGCUUUUGUUUGUAAUCAGAUUAUAAAUUGAAGUGAAUCAGUACAUCCAGGCAAUCUGGCCAAAAACAAUAAUUCUUUUUGGAGUUUUUCUGAGUGGCAUUUUGUAAUAAGUGGUAGGGAUAUUUCCACUUAUCCUAAAUGUAAACAAUUGAUGUGGCUACUCAGCUCUCAGGAAUUACUACUUUCUACCAUCCAAAUCUUCCAUUGUUCUCUACUUAUGCUAUUUACUUGGUGGAGACAGUACUGUUUGGUGUUAGGUGACCACAAGAAUUCAGAUUUUAUAUAGAAUGAUGAUAGUACCUAAUUGGUAAUGAAACAUCUGCAAGAAAGCAACCAAGCUCAGAGAGGAACAAGGAUCCUAGAGAAUUAUAAUAAAAUCAAUGAAAGUAAUCCUUUAAAUGUACCGUUUCACAAACUUUAACAUAAAUAAUCAAAAAUUAUAAAGUUAGGAAGUUUACUCUGAUUUUUACUAGGUUAGUUCCAUUUUAUGAAUACCGCUUAUAUCAAGGCUGCCAGUCUAAAAAUGAAGCAAAUCUUUGCCUAUUAAAUUUAUUCACAAGAUAUUAGAUGGCAGUACCAGCUUUUAGAUAUGCAACAUAACACUUCAGUGUGUUGUUUGAAAACUUUUUUCCUAAGUUACCACAUUUACUAAUUUUUAAACACGUUUGUUCAAAUGAAUCCAUACUGAGUUCAGUGCAACUUACGACCUAGUAAGCAUACUUUCCAAAGUUGCCUCUUUAAACUAACUCUCUUGUUUUGCAUUCUUGUUAUAAGAUGUAGAGAUCAUUAAGAUUACAAAGAGAAUUUCCUUUAAAGAAAUUGUUUUUAUUCUACUUUCAGUCAAUUACACAUCCUUCCACUUGUGUUGAACUUCUGGUUUGGACAUCUGUCAGUUCUUUUCCUGCAAGGACAAAGAGAAUAUUCAGUCUAUUUGCUGUUCUCUUUCCUCCCCGAUAGUGUUUAAUGCCAAAGACUUGGCAAACAAUUAAAUGUAUUUUUUUAAAAAAAAAUUGUCAAGGAUGCCCUAAAUAUGAAAUUAGCCUUUUAGUAGUUGGAAGAUUGACUUUGCUGAGAAUAAAAAUGUAGAAACCUACUGUACUUUCUAGUUAGUUGAUUGCUCUUUCCCAACACUCUGCAAUUAUUCUUGAGUGGUCCUGUUUACAAGGGGUUUAGGUAUGAAACCACUCCAUUUAUAUAUAAAAAAUAUGAAUAGGGAAAGAAAGUGCAGUUGGAGUCUGGCUUGACUGUAUUGAAAACCUUUGUAUUUCUGCAGUAUUAGAGGGGGAGGUAUGCUCCCUUCCAGAAUGAAGGUGGCACGGCUUUAUCCAACUGCUCUUUGUGUUUGUGCACAUUCUGAUUUUUUUAUUUAUACAUGUCUUUUAUUUCUCACAACAUGUAUAUUAGAUUGCUCCCGGGGGUCAUGAUUCUUUGUUUGUCAGUGAUUUGCACAGAAGUUAAUGGAUUAGGUUCACAGCAAUCAUUCUUGUUUAUUAUUCUCUGUUUCCGCAGUGACUGUUAGCAGUACUUUCCUGGAUAAUUAAAGCUUCUGCAAGAGGCUUGUUGCUCUAUAAAGCAAUUCGUUGCUCUAUAGAGCAAUUCGCCUUCAAGUCUAGUCUUGAGAAAACUUCUACUGUAAAUGUUCAAAUUAGCCUGCCCUGGAUACGCUUGUCAUUUACAUUAUUUGUUUAUGUUCCAAUUGCAGCCUAGUUUGUGUGUGUGUGUGUGUGAGAGAGAGAGAGAGAGAGAGAGAGGGAGAGAGAGAGAGAUGGGGGGGAGAGAGAGAGAGAGAGAGAGAGAGAGAAUUGUCUGCAUCUUCCUCAAUCUUAUAUCUUCUACCAGAGGCCCGAACAUUUAAGAGUUCUGUGCAGUAUCUUAGCUCUUCCUAGCACUGUACUGUUCUAGGCAGAGAGCUCUGAUAUUGCAGCCCUUCUCCUAGCCUAAGAGUCACACAGCCCUUGGGACCAUUUUGGCCUUUAUUAUUCUCAUCCUUGCUAGUUCCUCCUUCAGGCCCAGGUUCUAUUCCAGCAUCUCAUACUCCUCCUUCCUGAUAUUUCUGUCACUUGACACAUCUAUCACCAUCGCUGUCUUCUGAUCUUUCUUUCUUUCUUUCUUUUUCUUCCUUCCUUCCUUCCUCCCCUCUCCUCCCUUUCUCUCUUUCUCUGCCCCUUCCCCCCUCUGUGUGCGUGUGUGCUUGUGUGUGUGUGAUACUCAUGACUGUUCACUUUUUUUGACACCUUUCAAGAAUAUUAUGUCACUGGCCUGCAUUCAGCUUUGUAGAUAUAUAUAUAUUACAGCCUUAAUAGAUCUUUCAUUUUGGUUGUCAGCCUGAGUUUAAAGAAUCUGACAGCUCUGUUAUGUGGUUCCUGGAUAUUUGGCUUAGUGUUUUUCUUGUUCACUUUAGUGCUGAAGAUGUGGCUUCUUCUAACUUAUUUUUGUACUAAUUAAAAACAAUGCCCAUAUAUAAUUAAACAUUUUGCUGAUUUUUAAAAACUGUACGUAUUAAUUGAAACAAAAAAGGAACUAAUCAGGUAUGGGCAUAUAGGGGGUGGUAUUUAAGUUUUUCCUUGUACAUUGGAAACUCAGCAAAAACUUUCUUUCCCCAGCUGCUAUUUGAUAGGAAAAUAUUUGAGGAAAAUUCCAGUUAGCAUCAGUGAAAACUUUCAGAUUAAUAUUUGGCAAUACUAUUGCAUGGAAAGAAAGGAAUAUUUUUUAUUGGAUUCCUAAUGCAGAUCAGUCUCCCUUUCCAGCAGUUGUUAUUUAUAGUGAGAAAAAGUUAUAAGAUUACCUGUUAGUAAUCCAUUCUGGGAGUGAACAAUUUCCUAAUUUAUAGGACUACCAGAUCUAAAAUAUAAAAAUCUGAACAGCCACUGGAUAACAGCAAAGAAUUAGAAUUUAUUGCCAUCUAAUGACCCAUCAGAGAUAUUUUCAUUCAAGUCCUAAUAGCCCUUUAUUUGGACAAAUCAGUGGUGUGAAAAUAAAAACACUGUGUGCAACAUAUAUGCAUAUAAAAAUAUUUUGUAAAGCUACAAAAAGUGUAGAAAAUGAAACUGCUCCCCUGUGUGGAAAGAUUACAAUGCUGGUUUUUCAGUUUAUAAAAAUGGCAAGUAAGAGGAAAAUGAUAGAAGUUUAUGGAAUUAUGUGUUUCUUCCCUCUUUCAUAAUAUUAAAACUCAGCGCCAUGCAGUAAAGUUAAAUGUAGGAAGUUCAGGACAAAUAAUUUUCAGCAUUUCUGCACACAACUCAUAGUGCAUAACUUUGAGGGAUUGGAUAAAUGCAUGGAGAAUCAUAAACAUGUGGAGGAGGCUGGACUGUUGCAGGAUUGUGAUGCACACUCUACACUUUACAUACUAAUAUGCAACAGUAAAGAAAAUACAAAAAGGCAAAGUUUGCAUUGUGAUGACACAAGUUUAAUCAUUUUGGCUGCAUUAAGAACAGCCACCUAAAUGGAGAAUGGUUAUUAAUUAUGACAAUUAUCACACGUUUCUGACUAAUUCUGACUAACCAACACAAAGGAAAUUAUGCUAUUGCCUUCAUGUUCUGUCUGCAAACUUCCCAUAGGCAUUUGCUUGACCAGUGGAUGAAUAACUGAUGGGCUGUGAUUGAUCCAAUAAAGCUGGACUGAAAGAUUAUAUCAUUAGUGCUUUAUGCUGAAAGAUUCUGACAAUGGGACUGUUACGGAGACACUAAUCAUUAUUUAAAAUUUGUAAUUUCAGUUCACAUUAGUUUUACAAAACAGCUCUUGAUUUGCCCUUCUAACCUGCAAUUCUUGAUUUGCUCUUCAGAAUGGAAGAAAUCAAAAGUUUACAGAUUAUCUUUGGUAGCUUAAUAGCAAUGUAGAGAGCCCAGGUUCUGCUGGAUAACAGUGCAUACUAUGUUGUUUGCAAUGCCACAGAUAUUCUCCCAAAAUUCAUUUUAAAAUUCUGCCAAAAUUUUAAUUGUGAGAAUUAUGGAAGCUAAUCAGAUUAAUUGUACUCAUUUUAAUUACAGUUUUUGUCCUGCCCCUACCCCUUCCUUUAUCCUAGUUAGGUUCACUGUACAACAAAUCACUCAAAUACCAAGUGUAACCAUCAGUCCAUCAAAGGUGGUACAGCCAUUAUUGAAGAGGGUAGUAAUAAUAUAAUUCUUAUCCUGUGCUCAUAUCAUAGUCUUCCUGUUGUGAUUUGUAUCAUUAUAAUUACAAAUUAUAAUGUUGUUUAGAGCAAGAAUAACAUGUCUGACUUUCAAAAGGUUGGAUUGUGUUAUUUUAUAUAUAAGCCAGACAGUGUCAAAUAUUUAUUCAGGAAUUCAAUGCUUUUUAUAUUUUCAACCAGUGCUGUUGUAUGGGGUAGAAUAAAUAUGGACAAAAUUUCAAAUUAUCUCAAUUUCAGGAACAAAUGUACUUUCUUACAGUGCUUAGAAUGAAACAUUUUUAAUACCAUGGCUGUGGUAUUCAGGUUUAUGCAUUAUUUCUUUUUUUGUUUUGUUUUUUUUCCCCAGUCAAACUGGUCAUAACAUUAGUAACAGUUGGUUUUAUGUUUGUGAGUGUUGAAUGGAGCACAAAAAGGGUAAGAUGUUGUUGAGUUUUGCAUAAUCUUUUGAGUUUUGCAUAAUCUUUCAUUUUGGAGCAGCUCAUUAGCUGCUGAUAAAAAAGCACUCCAUUUUCAGUGUUAAUAUAUAAAUCCAAUGUUUGGCAACAUAAUCUAUGCUCCCAAAUUCAUCUAGCUCCUUUAGCCAGAAUUAUUGCAAGGUUUAGCCUGUUAUGUGUUUACAUUUUCAUUUAUGUUAUGUCAAAGGGAUAGUGCUACAGUCAUUCUUUUGCAGUCAUAUAAAAGACUUGUUUGAAUCUCCAUGGGAGCUCAGGAGGAGAGCCCAAAAUAGUGGCUUAUAAUACAGAAAUGUCAGCACUUUGCUUUCUUCGUGGCAAUCAUGACAAUAUGGUAGUGUAUAUUUUCUCUGUUUCCUGCCAGAGAAAAUAGCUAAAAAGAGGUACAGUGUGACAAGCAUUUUAACAUGUUACCUUGAUUAUGGACAUUAUAUCAGUUCUGCAGAAAUCUAUAAGAGCACUUGAUGGCAGCAAAGAUCUCUCUAUUUGCUGCUAACUGAUCCUCACUUGGAUUUGUGAAGCCCUAAUCUCGAUUGUUCAUUUAAAAUUUUAUUGACUGUUUUUAGAACAGCUUCGACUGCUAUGAAAAGUCCUCAGCAUAGAUACUUGUUGAGUUUAGAGAACAGCUUUUCAAAGAAUUGGAGGAAGUAUCCACUUAUACACCAGUAUGUAUAACCUUUAGACAGAGAGAAUGUGAAUGAAGUACUACCUCUCAGCAGUGUUCCGUCAUUUAUUAAUAUAUUUAAUGUUUUAAAAUAAAAGAUCUUGAAGCAUGAAAUGAGCCAGGAGACAGAGAUGAUUUGUGAUAUGGGUAAUCAAUAUAGCCCCCAUCCAUUGACUUGUAUGGGACGAUUCAAAGCAUCUGGUAUUAACAGUUUUACCAAGGAGAAAAUGAAAAAGUCUUGCUUCUCCUCAGCAGUCUUGCAUGUGCUGUUCCCUAGAAUAACUGACUGCAACAACUGUCUGCAUCUUGGGGGAAAGGAAGACUAUCUUUACUCCUGACAGGACAGAGUAGAACAAGGAAAUCUAACUUGCAGAAUAAAUGAUUGGAGGAGAUUCUCCCAUAAGACAGAUAUGACUAAGCUGAGGAAUAAAAGGGAAUUUCCAGGAAGAUGAGAUAAUAACUACUUGUUCGCAAGUUCUGUUUAGACUUGGAAGAUGAGUCAGCUUACAUGAGCUGAUACAAAUAGCUCAACGUAUCAGCAGCCAACUUUGGUGAAGCCGUGUCUUCCUCUUCUUGAGCAAAUGCUCAGCAGAACACAGCUCCUGCACACCAUUAUAUCAAGUCUCAUAGUUGAAUAAGCAAUGAGAAACAUUUCCUUUGCCAUUUCUCUACCAUACAGUAAGCUAUUUUCAAGGUGUCAUGUGCAUAGCUAUUUGCCAUACCCAUCAUGUCUGACAACUUACCUCUUCUUAAAAAGAAGAAGAAGGCUACCUCUUCUCUAUUCACUGUCCUCACAGCUGCUGAUCUAGGGAGGAGAUUUUGCUUGUCUCUUCCAUCAUGCAGUGAACUCCUUUAGAUAUCGCUCUGUCCAAUGCAAAUUAGUUUACUAAUCCAGGAAAGAUUGUUUUGGGAUCUUUGCCUCCUCCAGGUAUCGUUAUUCUGACUCAUGGAACACCUGUAAAAAUAUUUGUAUCUCACCUCUUAAAAGAUGUACCUGCUGCCUUAUAGGAGGAGAUUGUUGCCUCCUCUUUUUGGGGAGGCAACAUUCUUGCUGUAUGUGAUAUUGCUGCAUUCCUGAAAAGAACAUCCUUGUUUUCUUUGGCAGAUACCUUAUGCCUAUUUUCACACAUGCCAAUCCAUAUAUUUCGCCAUAACUGACUACUUUAAAAAAAUGUGGAUAGCAAGGAAAAAAUAAAGUAAAAGCAAAUAUUCUGGAAUUUGUGUUCGCACAUUAAAAAUAUAAAUUGGAAUUCCAGAAUAUGGAUAUUCCUAUCUAAUGCCUGUAUAUUAUACGUACGUCAGAACCUCUGUGCAACUCAUCCAUCUACUGUAUUUUAUUUGUCAACCCUUAGUAAUGAUUUAACUGAUUUUUGCAGGCUCUCGGUGUUUAUGAGAUUUAUUUCUAUCACUUUAUAUCAUUUUAUUAAUGUUCAUAGUUAGUGGUGACCCAGUAGAAAAAGUAUUUGGGAAAUGUUUAUUUGCAUGGUUAUUUGAAUUAUUUUCAUUGAAAUUGCACACACAUAAGAUAUACACACAAACACUAUAUUAUACAAUAUUUGGUGGUGGAAACACUACAUUUUGUUUGAAUUCUUUCAUCCAUUUGUUCUUAGUAUGGCUUGGUAAUAACUCACUUGAUAGAACUUUAUUAGAUUCUGUUUUUCUUUUGUUCCAAACCACUUUUCUUUGCAUAUUUGUUACUGGUCAGAAUGUUUGUGCUAAAUUUCCUUUGUCCUCAACAGAAUAUGGCAGCUAUUGAGCGAUUGUAAUUUGAAAUUAAAAUCUAGGGGCCAGUGAAAUCUAAUGUGUUGUGGAAUUCCAGAACCGAAGGUGCAUUUUACAAGAGUCACCCAUGCUAUGAAAUCAAUUUUCUCUGAACUUGUCUGAGCCAAAAUGAUGAAUUUUGAUGUUAGACCUUGGGUCUCUGAAGCCGAUAGAUAUUUGAACAAUAUUUGAACAAGUGUUUGCAAUUCCAAUAUCAAAGCUGCUACUGUACUAUUUGCAAUGAGGAAGUGGAAUCAGA